AUGUCCCAGCUCAUAUUGAGGAAACUCUCCAAGGUGUCCAGCUCAUUGAGGAACUUCCCCGGGUCCAGCUCAUGGAAGGAACUCUCCAAGGUCGUUGGCCCACCAGUGUCCAGCUCAUUGAGGAACUCCCAAGGUGUCCAGCUCAUUGAGGAAUCUCCAAGGUGUCCAGCUCAUGAGGAACUCUCCAAGGUGUCCAGCUCAUUGAGGAACUCUCCCAAGGUGUCCAGCUCAUUGAGGAACUCUCCACAGGUGUUCCAGCUCAUUGAGGAACUCUCCAAGGUGUCCAGCUCAUUGAGAAUCUGCUCCAAGCGUCGCGAAGUGGCUAAGACAGUCUUCUGCUUGGUGGUGAUCUUUGCUCUGUGCUGGCUACCGCUCCACCUCAGCCGCAUCCUGAAGAAAACGAUCUACGAUCAGAACGACCCCAACCGCUGUGAACUACUCAGUUUCCUGCUAGUGAUGGAUUAUAUCGGUAUCAACAUGGCGUCUCUCAACUCCUGUAUCAACCCUGUCGCUCUCUACUUCGUCAGCCAGAAGUUCAAAAACUGUUUCAAGUCAUGUCUGUGCUGCUGGUGUACGAGGAGCAGGAAUGUGAUUCCAGAGAGAGACGGUGUCCGCUGGAAGGGAAGCUGUCAUGGCAACGAACUCGACAGAACAAGCUCUCGUUCCAGUCAGAAAUACACCUCCACCUAAACAAACACUCACACACAGGUACAUUCAUGCAUGAAGACACACUAGCCCUUCCUUCCUGUCCAGUCCAGCUAAACCCAACCUAACCCCAGUUUAACUUCACCCAGCCCCAUCCCCUCUCCUUCUAAACCCAACAUACCCCCAGC